AUGAAAAUUGACCGAUCUCGCGUACGCAAAAGUACAUCCGAAGUCCCACUAGAAUGCCAACAGCUCAUAGAAAGAUUGCAGCUUUGUUCCCGAACAGAGCUGCUCGAAGAAUUGUCGAGAAUCCAUUCAUGGACCUUCGGAAAAUGCGAACUGUUGCAUUGGGCCCAGAUUCUGGACGUUUUCGACAGAAUCCUCGGACAAGCAGCAGAAAGAAACGAAGAAAACAAAUGGAUCCUUAAGUGUGAUACUUAUGAUGAAGAGGAUUUCCAACUAUUGAUUCAUAUUCUCCGCUUUACGAGCCUCCUAAUUGAGCACUCGUUCUCUCGACAUUUGUACAAUUCUAUGGAGCACUUGUUGGUCUUGCUCGAGUCUAAUGAUAUGUCCGUUGUAUUAGAAGUAUUAAAUCUGCUAUAUAUGUUUUCGAAGCGAAGCAAUUUCAUAACUCGUUUGAAACCAGACGAAAAGGAAUGUUUGUUGUCGAGGCUUCAAUAUCUCGCCGAAAAUUGGGGCGGUAAAGAAAACGGUUUCGGUCUAGCGGAUUGUUGCGACACCGACAAGGAGAUUCCCCCGUCUGCUACGACAUUACACGUGGAAUUUCACAGAGAAGACGACCCGAAUUGUCCCAAGCGCGACAACAAAGGCGGUGGCGAUGCCAAAACCGCCAAGCCUAAUUUACACAUAAUUCACAUCGAACACAUCGACAAGUUACACAAAACUCCAGCUGAAAUAAUGAAGCAACUCAUUUCAAUGUACUACAUACCUCCGGAAAAAGAGAUGUGGCUGUUCACUCACGUGAGAUUAGCCACGCACUUCGCCGAUUAUCGAAACAGACUCAAAAGUGUCCAGGCGAGACUGCAAGCGCUGUCUGUGAUGGUUUAUUCGAAUUCCAUCGAAGAUUCCCCUUCGAAUUUGUUGUACAACGGUUUGCUCGAGGAACUAGUGGAAGUCGUCGAAUUGCAAGAUCCGCAAUUAACCGAUAUACGAUGCGCCGCUUUAAGAACUCUCACAGCUAUCAUUCAUUUGGACAGGAACCCUCAUAUUCCCAAUCGAAGACCCGGAUCGAGACUCAGCAGCAUCAUAGACGUCACGGGGGCGAGCCAAUACCACGGUUUCCUGCCGGUGCUGGUACGAAAUUGCAUAUCUUCGUUGACGAACCAGAUCGAUUUCGGCCAGAGCGCUUUCAAGAAAAUGAAACUGCAAGACGAAGUGUCCGCGAUCGUGAUCGACGAUUCGUCGAGUUGCGAUUCGUCGAAAACCGGCACGUCCGUCAACACGCUGGACAGCGGGAAUUAUUUGGAUUAUCUGAUGGAUUAUCUGAACGAUUCCGACGUGGAGGUUCCGCCGCACCGGCAACUGCCUUUCGUCGACACGAAAUUCCCUGUCAGCUUGACGACGGCGUUGUUUUCGUUUUUGUACCAUCUGGCCAGUUACGAAGCCGGAGGCGAGGCUUUGGUGUCCUGCGGAAUGAUGGAAUCUCUCUUGCAGGUCAUAAAUUGGCAAGGGUUCGAACUCGAUCACAUCACGUUUGUAACUCGCGCAGUUAGAGUUAUCGAUUUGAUCACCAACAUCGAUAUGGCAGCGUUUCAAAACCACGGAGGUUUGCACAGCUUCAUAAACAGAUUAGAUACGGAAGUUAAUUUUUGUAAAAAAGACCAGUUAUAUCAACUGAAAACCAACAGUCCGGAUCAAGGAUUCGACGAGAACGCUCCGAGCACUUCGGCAACGGCGGCGGAAAAAGAAGAAGAAAACGCGUCUCCGGACCUCAUUUAUAAAUCCGAAAAUGUCGGUAAAACCUGCCUGCCUCAAAGGGCGGCUUUGUUGAAAUCCAUGUUGAAUUUCCUGAAGAAAGCUUUCCAAGAUUCGACGUUCGCCGAAAGCAUUCGACAUCUAAUGGAGGGAACUCUACCCAACUCACUCAAAAACAUCAUAGCGAACGCGGAGUAUUACGGUCCGUCCCUGUUCCUUCUAGCUACAGACGUAGUCACUGUAUACGUUUACCAGGAACCCGCUCUGCUCUCCGCCCUCCAAGACAACGGUCUCACGGACGUCGUUCUGCACUCUCUGUUGGUCAAAGAAGUGCCCGCGACCCGGGAAGUUUUGGGUUCCCUGCCGAACGUCUUCAGCGCUCUGUGUCUGAACAACAGAGGUUUGGAAUCGUUCGCUAAAUUCAAACCGUUCGAGAAGCUUUUCAACAUUCUGCUAUCGCCCAACUACCUGCCGGCGAUGAGAAGAAGGCGCAGCUCCGAACCGACGGCGGACACGGCCUGCAAUUUGGGCAACGCCAUGGACGAGCUGAUGAGACACCAGCCCAGUCUCCGCCAGGACGCCACGUUGGCCAUCAUAAAAUUAUUGGAAGAAUUGGUGCAUUUGGGUACCGAUCCUAAAUACGUCUGUUGGAGACCACACAGUAAAUCCGAAAUAUCCCCAUCGGCUACUUCGAGAUCUAACGCGAACACGGAAGGUUCGUCCGAUGAAGAAGAAGACGACGAAGAAGAAACGUCUACUUCGUCUCAAAACGCCCAAACCGAAAGCCAAGCUCAAGCCAACAGCGAGAGAACCCCUAUAGCGCUCAUCGAUUACAUCAUGAACGCCAUGAAAUUCAUCGAUGCUAUACUGAGUAACAACUCGACAGACGAUCAUUGUAAAGAGUUUGUAGAAAAAGGCGGUUUGAUACCGCUUUUGAAAAUAUUAGGACUUCCGAACCUGCCGGUCGAUUGUCCCGUCACGAACCCGGCGCAAGCCGUCGCGUCCGUUUGCAAGAGCAUCCUCAAUCUAGCCCAAGAACCAUUCUUAUUCUCCCAAGGCCUGUCCCAAUUGGCCAAAGUGCUCGAAUCGCUGCAGCCGCUCUACGCGAAACAGGAGGUGCCCGGUUGCUCGAAGCUCCUGCUCGAAUUGGUCAACGCCAACGACUCGGAGACGGCGUUCAGCACGGCUUCGGCCACGCCGCUUUUGCACGCCAUGGGCGCCGCGCACGGCUACGUGAUCAUGUUCGUUCACAUCUGUCGCACCGGCCAAACGGACAUAAGAAACCUAUCGUUGCAACACUGGGGCUCCGAGGAAGGGCUGAAGGUGCUCAAAGGCCUCGCCGAUUUGUACACGUCGUUGGUGUGGGAGAGCACGUUGUUGUUGGCGUAUUGCAGCGACGAUUUGCUGCCGUCCGAUUGCGAUUUUACCAGAGAGGACAUCGAAAAGUUGAACGCUUUCUUCGACAGGGUAAGUUGCGAAGGAAGCUCGUCGUUGGAAACGGGAACGACUACGACGAUCGAUGUGCUCGGUCCAAACAGCCACAUAUCUAUGAUGGAUAUCGACGGUGAAUCGAGCUCUAACGUAAACAAACCCGAUCGGAAUUUGAAAUAUAUCAAACCUCUGCUGGGCGCUUCGUCUAGGCUCGGUCGAGCUUUGGCCGAGCUGUUCGGUUUGCUCGUUAAACUCUGCGUCGGUUCACCCAUACGACAGAGAAGGGGUCAAAAUAUCGUCGCGGCGCCUCCGAUGCCUUCUCAAUACGCGAGGAGCGUCGCCACCGCUCUAAACGUACUUCUAGCCGAAGGGCUCGAUUGCGAUAAACUUCCUCCCUGUCACAUAGCUAAAUGCAGAUUGACUUUCCUGAUAUGCAGCGUCGGUUUUACCAGCCCCAUGUUGUUCGACGAAAGAAGAUACCCGUAUCAUCUGAUGUUGAAGAAAUUCGUCAGCCUCGGCGGUCAAGGGAUAUUCUUCAAAACGUUCAAGUGGGCUCUAACGGCGGGAAAUGUGCAUUCUAUAAACGAAAUAGAAUACUCGAAUCUUCCAGAAGGAACUGUAGGGUUCCUGGACGCGUGGUUGACGCUUUUAGAAAAAAUGGUCAACCCCAAAGCCAUUUUGGAAUCCCCGCACAUAAUAUCUAGUCGACCGUCCCACGCCUACAAUUUCAAUCCGUUGAAAUACCUGAUACAAAUCCACAAAUUGGCGUUCAAAAGCGUCAUGUUGCUGUGGGGUAAAACCACCUUAGUCGCCUACGGCACUCGAACCACCGAAACCCUCCUGACGAUCCUCCGGCACAUAUUCAGAGGCGAGAAGAUCAUCAAAGAGAAGAUGAAAGUCGACGAGAGCAAGAAGGACGCCGCCAACGGCGCGUCGAACGGCGGCGCCGGUUCGAGCGGCGGUUCGCUGUUCAGGGAUUUCGACAGCCUGCGGCAAUUGGUCGACAUGGGAUUCUCCAGGGAGCACGCCAUCGAGGCGUUGCUGCAUUCGCACACGUUGGAACAGGCCACCGAUUAUCUGCUGUCGAAUCCUCCGCACGCUUCCGGCGCGCCGGGCUCCUCCAUGGACAUCGACGCCGAAGACGACCAAGUGCUACAAGCCAUCGCUAUAUCGUUGGGUUGCAACUCGACCGCCGGAUCGGAUGCCAAGAAAGAGACCGCCGCCGCCGACGAGCAAGAUCAAUCGUUCGAAACGAUGAUCAACGACUUCACGCACCAAGCGCUCGACGUGUGCCUGCAACUCGUCGAAGUCCUCCCCGAAACUGUACACAAAGUAUGCGAAUUGUUGGUGACCAUAAUGAAACGAAACGGCCGCACUUACAGAGAUAAUCUUUUGGAUACUCUAAUAUCGAAAAUCGCGGAAUGCUCCUCGUCGAUAUCGUUCUGCGCUUUCCAAGGCGAGCCGAACGUGAUGAGCUACUUCUCGCUGGCCGAAUCCGAACAGGCCAAAAGACUAACCAACUACAUCCAUCUCUAUAUAUUGUUCUUCGAAGUUUCGUCGUAUUUCGAAAUGAAAAUACCGUGCGCGUACGCGCUGAACCGCGCCGGCAUCGUCCUGCCCUUGAUCGACUUGGUUUGCAACACGAUCAACGUGAUCGUCGAUUUGCAGCCCAGCUACGAACCGAAAUGGCUCGCGCCUUGUUUCCUGCUGCUCGACGCCGUCUCCAAGGUGGCGAUUUGCACGAAGAGAAAGCUCAACAUGCACAAGGCGACCAACCGCGUGUGGCGUUGGUACGAUUUGACCAACGGCAGAUGGUCGCACUAUUCCAACUCGAACAACAGAUUGAUCAACGAGGCCUAUUGGAACGGCGAGCAAAGCAAACGGGUGACCUGCGGCAGGAAGAUAUACACGAUGACGUUCGCCAACAUGCUGCAGAUGAACGACGAAACCGGCAACAACCGACCCAUUUCGAUGACCUUAAUGACUUUAACUCACCCCAGCUGUACCGAUAUCAACGGCGAGGCGAUCGAGGAGCCUCUGUUUUCGACUCUCACCGAAAAAGAGGAAUCGAGGUGUUCGCCCGUCCUCGGCCUGACGUUCUUGCAGAAGAAGAACAUCGUGAAGGCGUGCGUGCGCCUCAUGCAUCUCCCCAUCGAGAAGAACCUGCUGCAUUCGGUGUUGCAAAUAUGCGUGAGAUUCACGCGGGAUUUCCUGAUAGCCAAGGUGUUUGUCGAGCAAGGCGGCGUGAAGUGCCUGCUGCGGAUGCGGCAGAUAAACGAUUUCGGCGGUUUCGGCAUCCUGGCGACGAUUUUGAUCCGGCACGCUCUCGAAGAGCCGCACACGCUGAAAUACGCGAUGGAGAAGGUGAUCAGAGGCAGAACGUUGGCCACGAUACCGCCCCCUUACAAGGAUUUGGUGUAUUUGACGAGGCAAAUCGGCGGAGCGGUCACCCGCGAUCCCGAGGCGUUUUUCCACGUUGCUAACGCCAUCGUUCGCGUGGAUACGACGGCUGCUAAAGGCGAGCAUCCCGUGACGUGCCUUCCUUUGAAAGUAGACCCGCCGGCUCGGACGAAAACUCCUUCUUUAGAGGAACCGAUUUCCAUCGAAGUCAUUUCGGAUCUAUUAGACGCUUUGCUGAAACCUCUAGAAGAAGAUAGAACGCCCGCUGACGGCGCCGAAGGGGACACCGAUUCCGAACAAAACGUGAACAUCGAAGAUGUUCCAGCUAGUUCGGCUACGCCGAGUUUCGAUAAAAACGAUACCACCGCAGAAGAUAACUCGAAUAACAAGAAGAACGAAAUGACCAUCAAGAAACCGAUGCUACCGAAAUCGGUAAUACUUAAAAUCCUAGCGGACGCCGUCGUUUCGUUCGGCCCGAUCGCUAAGCUCAUUACAGAAUACAAAUACAAACCGGACGAUUCCGGCAUCAUAGCCGAAGAAACGUCCGCUUUGGCCUUCAUCUUCGACAAAAUCCUAACCGGAACCGACAACAUCUCGGAUCUGGAUUGCUCCACGAUGUGCAGAAUGUUGAUCGCCGCUUUGGCUUCGUCGAACCAUUCGCCCGAAGCCCAAAUAACCCUCGUUUCCGAAGUAAAAGUAGCCCUAACCAGAGCGCUCAAUCUACCGGAAUCCGUGAAGAAACACAGCCAAGUCCAAAACAUCUGCGGCAUCAUCUCGAACAUGAUAGACAACUGCCCGCUACCGCACGCCAACAGAUGGACCAGCUGCAGCAUCAACAACAUAGUGAAGCUGAUGAUGAGGCGCGGGGUAUUCAACGACCUGGCCAAAAUCACCCACUACCUGGACCUGUCGUCUCCGAAUACAUCUUUCACCGCCAACGCGGCCCUGAAACCUCUGGAGUCCCUAUCGAGGACGAUCAACCAGCCGGCCACCAAUCCGGGCGGCGGCAAAUCCAGGAAGAACCAACAAACCGCCGACGAUGUAUCGGCCGUCGCGCAAGGCGGUACGUCGGUGGAAGGAUCCAACCCGCACGGAGAAGAAAUCGAAGACUCCGAAACGGUCGAGAUCGUCGCCACGUCGAGCCCGAUCGAGAACAACACCGUGGGCAGCGGCGAGCUCGACAACGCCCUCGAAGAAAUGAUGGAACAAAUCCUGGACCACAGGAACAACGACGGCGCCCAAGGGUACAACGACGUGACCAACGCCAGGGACGGUACCAUGGACAUCGACGAGGAAUGCCCGCUGGGUUUCGAGCACGAACGAGACGCUACCGAGGAGCUCAUGAGCACCGAUUCGGGCGAGUCCGAUUCGAAUCCGUCGGAUCAAAUCGACGACGAGGCCAACGACGACAACGAAGGGGACGACGAUAACAUCGACGAUGCCGAAGAGAACGAAGACAACAACUACGACGAAGACGAUAACGCCGACAGGGAGAGGAGACGAGGUUCGGCGACAGAAGGUAGUUCCGGCAUGUUCAGAAUCGCCACCACCGAUCGCGACGAAGACAUACUCAUGAUCCAGUACGAUGCCGAUAUCGAAAACGCCAUGCCGAGGAUGAUUCGUUGGAACGAAAACGGAUUCGUGCCGAUCAUCGACGAGAACAAUCCGAGCGAUCACACUGCUAUAACGCACCCGUUGCUUAUGUCUCGCAACAACAUCGACAGCAACCAGCACAUUGUUAGUCGAAACCAGCGUACUAACCGCCCCAGAAGAUUCCAAUAUUUAUUCAGCCCGAGAAACCCGAACCCGCCGGUCAUCUUACAAAGACUUUUGGGACCACACGAUCCGCACAUGGCCAACAUGAUGUCGACGAACAACCUCCUGACCGGCCCCACCGACAUCCGCGAAUCGGCCCGAGUCGUCGUCAUGGAUAACUUCGGCAUCAUCCACUCGAACGAAGAGCAAAUCGAUUUCGUCGAUCAAUCGGGCUACCUGUUCGGUCCGAGCCUGGCGGCGACGCUCAGCCACGUGCCGCCCGUCCUGCAUUGGUGGAACAUCGAAUCCAAACUGCUCGAUUUGGAAUCGGUCUACGAUUGCACGACGUACGUGUGCAACAGGCUCGUGCCGAAUCUGAUCAAGCACCGCAACGAAGAGAUGCGCAACAAGAAGACCAAAGAGGCCGACGAGGAGGGCGCGAAGAAGCGCAAACAGCCGAAGAACGAGCCGGACGUGCAGGACGAUUGUAGCCAGGAAACCGUGCACGUCACUUACGAUGAUCUGAACAAUACUAUUACAGUUACUGAACAAAACAAAGAGAAUGCUGAUGAAGAUAUCGAUGGUAUUCCAUUGGCUUCGACUGAUCAAGCCGAAUCCAACGAAGAACCAAACAGCAGAGAAGACAUCGAUGGUAUUCCACUCGAAAACUCCGAUACUUCAAACGACAGAUCGGACGGUAACACGCAACACGAAGACAUCAUCCUCUCGCCGUUGCAACUCAGCUUCAUCAGAGAAAUGGGCAACGACAAUUCGCAAAGCAGCCUGUCCGAGGCGACGCAAAACGCCGCCGUCCAAACCACCGGCGGCACGUCGGACAACAUGACGCGGAACACGGACGAUUCGAACAGCCGCGCCGAAUCCGAAAUUCGCACCGAAAGCGAAUCGUCGAAUCCGUUCGAACUGACGCUGCCCACGCUGCCCGCCUACAUCGGAUCCAGGUGCAACGCGUUGUUCUCGAGCUCGCCCGAUCGCAUCGACGACGAGGAUUCCGAAAUGAGCGAAACGGCUCAAGACGUUAUAGCCGAAGCGGCGGAGAUGAUCCACCAGGGGGCCAGAUUGGCGCUGGAAGCCAGCCAAGCCAGGGAGGAACUCAGGCGCGACGCUCGCUUGUCGUCUUCGAAUUCCUCGGAGACGGCCGAUGGGAAUUCGGGCGACGGAAGCGCCGCUCCGCCGCCGCCGCCGCUGCCUCCGGUUGCGGACGACGCUCCCGAAUCGAGCUCGGAGCCGAACGAGAACGACCCGCGGCCGGAAUCGUCGUCGGGAGGCGCUGUUUCCGCGUCGGCCGCCGAAGAACCCGGUCCGAGUAACGCUAAUAACGAAGAGGAGAUCCCCGAGGGCGUGGAUCCGUCGUUUUUGGAGGCCCUGCCGCCGGAGAUGCGGAAAGAGGUCCUCGAACAGCACAGGAUCCUCUGUUUGCAGCAGCGAAUUGCAGCGAACGCGAACGCUAAUGCUGCUGCUGCUACUACUACUACUAAUACUGCUACGGCGCCUUCGAAUUCGGGCGAGCCCGAACCGGAGGCGGCCGCCGUUUCCAACGAAGUCAGCCCGGAGUUUCUGGCCGCGCUGCCUCCCGCCCUGCAGGAGGAGGUUUUGACCCAGCAGAGGUUGGAGCGGCAGCGACAGGCGGCCGCGAGGGCGAACCCCAACGAACCGGUCGACGCCGGCGCGUUUUUCCAAACAUUGCAGCCUUCGCUUAGGACGAUGAUUCUAUCCGAUAUGGAGGAUUCGCAGAUGUCCGCCUUGCCUCCGGAUUUGGCGGCGGAGGCGCAGAACUUGCGCAGGGAUUGGUACGCCAGAAACAGGGAGAUCGCCCAGCAGAGGUUCAUGCAGAGCAAUCUGAGCGCGAUCUACCGGAAUUCGAGAGGUCGCCGGCAGCCGUUUAGGUCGAACAAUUUCCCGAGGGCCAGCUGGGCGCAGUUCGGCAGGGACCUGAACAGCGUCAUGAACAGCGUCCAGACUUCGUCUCCGGUGAAAGUGAUCAAGGGGCGCCAGUUGUUGGACCACGAAGGUCUGGCUUGUUUGUUGGUUUUGCUGUUCACCGACGACGCUCACCUGAACAAGCUCAGAUUGCACAGGGUCAUAAGGAACCUGUGCUAUCACGCUCCAACGAGAGAAUGGAUCAUUAACGCUUUACUUUCGAUCAUCGAAAAGAGCGUUAGUACACAACCGGACGAGAGUUUGAACAAACCCACUCGCAAAGGUCCGCGACCCGGUCCUUUGACCAGCAAACUGUUGACGGACGCGAAGUAUUUGCAAAACGGCGGGCACUGGUUGACGAUCAGAAUGGAAGCGGCCUUAGGUUGUGCCGCUAACGUGUUUAUCGUGAACAAAACCGUUGGUAAGAAAUGCGAUAAAACCAACGGAUCGGCGGCCAUAAGCAUUCACCCGCAAGCAGCGCCGAUCGUUUGCAGAAACACCCUCGAUCUAUUCACGUCUUUGGCUAAAGCUUUUCCAUCGUGCUUGUUGCCGAUUAAAUGUCUGCGAGACGAGUCCGAUAAAACCACGAUAACGCCGGUGAAAGUCCGCAGCGAGACUUCCUCGGACUUUUGGGACGUUCUCCUUCGCUUGGAUUCGGCCACUAAGAAAGGAAAGAGCAUACAGAAAAACACGAUUUUAACGGGAACCGCGGAGAGCGAAGGUCCCUUGCAGUUCGAGCAAACCGUUUUCGGCAAGCUGCUGAACAUGUUGGCGUCGCCUAUUGUUCACAAGAACACCCAAUUGACUGAUAAUUUGUUGAAAUUGCUGUCGGUUACCACGUCCGGGUUGCCCGAAUUAGUGAAACCCAUCAAAACGAGCAAGACCAAAAUGAUAUGGAGCGAUAUUUCCAAUAACCCGCCUACGAAAGCUUUGAAUUUAGCCGUGAACGUUAUCACGUACAAGAAUUGUUCGGAAGAGGGCCUAGAAUUUAUAACGAAUUUACUUCUGAAUUUAGCCAAUUCGUCUCUCGACAUGAGUUUCAUUAUAUUUAAUCUCCUGAUCGACGGAGCCAUCGAAAUCGGCAACAUCGUCGAAAGUCAAAUCCAAAGCAUGCUGAAAGACUUGAAAGAUUUAAUAAACAACACGCAAAAGAGGAAGCUCGAAGAAGGCGGCCCGUCCACCUCGAAGGGCAUCAUUUGCAACCGGUUCACCAACGAGCAAGUCGUCGUGACCGCCUCGGCCAAAGUCAAAACGUCCUGCGAACUUCAGUUACCCUCGAUGGUCCCGUUGACGUCCAAAUCGUCGAGCCAAGUAUUCUUCCUCCGGGUGCUUAGAGUUAUUGUACAAAUUAGAAAUUCGAUCAAACAGACGUGGACAAGAGUAUACGGAUCCUGCGAAUUGCCGGCGCUGAGCGAGCAAAUGAGCAGCCUGAGCAGCCUGUGGGAGACAUUGAGCCAAUGCUUAUCGGAGCUAGAGCACGCGCCCGACCACCACGCCGUCCUCGUCCUCCAGCCGGCGGUGGAAGCUUUCUUCCUGGUGCACUCCCCGCAACAAGCCGAGGUGAAACUGAAGCAGAAAACCGCCACCGCCCCGCCGGCCGAGGGCGAAGCCGCUCAAGAAACCGCCGAAACCCAGCCCGAUCCGCCGGCAACGGAGGCGGCUGUACCGGCUCCGACUGCGCCGCCGGCGGAGCAAUCGCCGCGACCUACAAGCGAAGCGACCCCCACGACCGACGCUGAGAAAUCUUCCGAACCGGCCGCCAAAGCUGGCGUCACGCCGGAACAAACCCAGUUCCUCGCGUUCGCCGAGAAACACCGCACCGUUCUCAAUCAGAUUCUGAGGCAGAGCACGGCCCAUUUGGCCGACGGGCCGUUCGCGGUGCUCGUCGAUCACACGAGAAUAUUGGAUUUCGACAUCAAACGCAGGUACUUCAGGACCGAAUUGGAGCGAUUGGAUCACGGGACGCGACGGGAGGAGACGGCCGUGCACGUGCGCAGGAGCAACAUAUUCGAGGAUUCGUUCAGGGAGUUGUUCAGACGGCCUCCUGAAGAGUGGAAGAAUCGAUUCUAUAUCGUUUUCGAAGAUGAGGAAGGUCAAGACGCUGGAGGUCUUCUGAGGGAAUGGUACGUUAUAAUAUCCAGAGAUAUAUUCAACCCAAUGUACGCGUUAUUCACCGUCUCGCCUGGUGAUAGAGUAACUUACAUGAUAAAUUCGGCUAGCCAUUACAACUCGAACCAUCUUUGCUACUACAAAUUCGUCGGGCGCGUCAUCGCCAAAGCUAUUUACGACAACAAACUUCUCGAAUGCUACUUCACUCGUUCGUUCUACAAGCACAUACUCGGCAUUCCCGUGAAGUACACCGACAUGGAGAGCGAGGAUUACAGCUUCUACAGGGGGUUGGUGUACCUGAUGGAGAAUAACAUCAACAAUUUGGGAUUGGAUUUGACGUUCAGUACUGAAAUCAGCGAAUUCGGCGUGACCGAAACGCGGGAUUUGAUACCGAACGGCAGGCAUAUACCCGUGACGGAGGAGAACAAGAUGGAGUACGUCCGGCUCGUGUGCCAGAUGAAGAUGACGGGCGCUAUAAAACAACAAUUAAAUUCGUUUUUGGAAGGCUUCUACGAUAUUAUACCUAUGCGAUUAAUUUCUAUAUUUAACGAACAGGAAUUAGAAUUACUGAUAUCAGGAUUACCAAAUGUAGAUAUAGAUGAUUUAAAAGCCAAUACCGAAUAUCACAAGUAUCAAUCGAAUUCUCUACAAAUUCAAUGGUUCUGGCGCGCAUUGAGGUCUUUCGAUCAAGCUGAUCGAGCUAAAUUUCUACAAUUUGUAACAGGAACUUCUAAAGUACCUCUUCAAGGGUUUGGAGCACUCGAAGGCAUGAAUGGUGUGCAAAAAUUCCAAAUACACAGGGAUGAUCGGUCUACAGACAGGUUACCAUCAGCUCACACUUGUUUCAACCAAUUGGACCUUCCCGUCUAUGAAACGUACGAUAAACUACGCGCAUAUUUGCUGAAGGCGAUCCAUGAAUGUUCUGAAGGUUUUGGCUUCGCUUAA